AUGACUUACCGUACGUUUGAGAAUGAAGAGAAAUUACCUCGUUUGCCAGUUCCAUCGUUAGCUUCUACGAUUCAACAAUUGUUAACUGCUCUUAAACCUUUAUCGAGUCAAGAUGAAUUUAGUGAAAUCUUAGAGGAAUCAUCAGAUUUCAUAUCAAAUGAUACUAUCAAUCUUAUUCAAGCUCAUUUAGUUGCAGCUUCAGAAGAUCCAUCUCAGAACUGUUACCUUUCUACUGUCAAUGAUGAAACUGCUCCUGCUAUUUAUGGUGAAUUAAGAGGUGAUAUUUUACCUAGGAAUCCGUAUUUGAUUCUUGAAGAAGAUCCAUAUUCAAAGACUUUAACUCCUCCUAAUCAAUCCGAAAGAGCCGCUAAUUUAAUCAAUUCAUCAUUGAAAUUCAUUGUCAGUCUUCGUAAUGAAACUUUAAAACCAGAUGUAACUCCAAAAAAUCAUACUCCAUUAACUAUGUCUGGUUAUAAGAAUUUAUUUGGUUCUACUAGAGUUCCAGCUACUUCAAGAGAUUCAAACCAUCAUAACAUCGGUAUUAAGAAAUGUGUCGAUAUUAAUGAUUCAAGACAUAUCAUUGUUAUUAGUAAUAAUCAAUUCUAUUCAUUAGAAGUGAUUACUCCAUAUAGUGAAGAAGAUUAUGAAAAACAUCAAACAAAACAUAGAAUUUGGUUUAGUGAUCAUGAAUUAUCCCUUAUUUUACAGCAAAUCAUCGAUUCACUGAGUAAAAUUGAUCAAAUUGAAUCUAUUAAUAACUCAAUUGGUUCAGUUACCACUCAAACUUUAAAACAUUGGAGACAUGCAAGAUUAGAAUUAAUUAAAUCUAAUAAGGAAAAUUUAGAUUUAAUCGAUAAUGCUUUAUUCGUAGUGGUAUUAGAUUCCAAGAAUUCUCCUGUCACUGAUCAAGAAAAGACUCAAGUUAUUUCUCAUGGUACAUCUGUCUUAUCUGAAAGUAAUGUUCAAAUUGGUUCUUGUACUUCAAGAUGGUAUGAUAAACUUCAAUUAAUCAUUACAAAAAAUUCAGUGGCAGGUAUUGUAUGGGAAUCAUUUUCAAUGGAUAGUACUGCUAUUCUUAGAUUCAUUUCUGAUAUUUAUACUGAUUCCGUUUUAAAAUUAGCUAAGAAUAUUAAUGGUCAAGAAUAUACUUUAUUUGAUAAUAAAGUCUCAUUUAUUUCUUCAGAUGGUAAUAUUUCAAAACCUGAUACAACAAAAUUAAUCUUUAAUAAGACUCAUGAAUUACAAAAUUUCAUUCAUUUAUCAGAAACGAGAUUAGCAGAUUUGAUAAAUCAACAUGAAUACAAGACUUUAAAUAUUAAAUUAGAUGCUCAUCUUAUCAAAAAGUUUACUAUUUCGAUUGAUUCAAUCUUACAAAUUUCUUUACAAAUCACAAAUUAUUCCUUAUAUGGUAGAAUGGUUAAUACUUUAGAACCAAUCACCACUAGAAAAUUCAGAGAUUCAAGAACAGAAUUAAUCCCAAUUCAAAAUGAAUCGAUUGCAAGUUUAGUUAAAUUAUUUAUCACUAAUGCCAGUCCUCUGGAUAAAUGGGAUCAAUUCAAAAAAUGUUGUGAAAUGCAUACCAAACAAUAUCAUGAUGCUAUGAUUGGGAAAGGGUUCGAAAGACAUUUCAUGUCAUUAGUGCAAGUUAUUAAGAGACAACUGGCGGUUGAUUAUUUGAAUAAGUUAAAUAAACAUUUAAAACCAUUACCCGAUUUCAGCAAAACUAAUUUUGAUAUUCCUUUAUUAUCAAAUCCUAUGAUUGAGAAAUUGAUUGUACCAGAAUUAUUAAUUUCCAAUUGUGGUAAUCCUGCAUUACUGUUGUUUGGUAUUCCACCUGCUAGUGAUAGAGGGUUUGGUGUGGGGUAUAUCAUUCAUUCAGAUAAAGUUAGUAUUACAAUUUGUUCGAAAUUCAGACAAACUGAAAGAUUCUUAGAUACUUUCCAUCGUGUAAUCACUGAUUUAAAGAAUAUGUUAAAGGCAAGAUCCAAUUUCUUAGUUAAUAUAAGUGAUUCAGAAAAUAGAAAGUUAGAAUUACAAAGAUUAAGAAUUGAACAAGAAUUGAAGAAUAUCGAACAUGACUUACCAUCCAAGAGACAUCCAAUUGAAUUAACAAUUGAUAAAGACUUUGAACCAAUUCCUUUUGAAAGUGUCAAAGUUACUAGUGAAGUUAUGACCAAAGAAAAACGUUCUAAUUCAUCAGAAAGUGAUGAAUCUGAUGAUUUUGAAUUAUUAGGUGGAUAUGGAUACUUUGAUUAUGGUGAUUUAGAUUUGAGAUCUGAUGAAUUAUCGAGAAAUGAAUCAUUAUUGAAUAGUCAUUCUAAUUUGAGUUCAGCUUUAACUUCAAGACAUCAUUCUCAUACUAAUUUACAUAAAUUAACAGUAUUAGCAGAAGCAAACGAUAUUAAAGACAAACAAACUCUUUCAGAAAGAAUUAGAGAUAAAUUAUCUCACAGUAACGAUACCUUACCUUCUGUUACUGUGAAUUCAGACAAAGAAGAUGUGAUUGAAGAAUCAAGUGCUUCUUCACCUACGGCUAAAACUAAAAGUAAUGUUGGAAGACAAGUUGAUAUUUCGAAAUUCAGCUGA